AUGCCAGAACUCGAUCUUCUCACAGCCACCGCUGUCGACAUUGCCAAGGCUCUUGAGGCCGGAACUGUCAGCAGCGAAGCUCUCGUUCAGCAAUACCUCCAUCGGAUCCACAAGUACAACGGAUAUCUACAUGCCAUCAUUGCUACUACUCCUACCGACAUCAUCUUACCCAUGGCCCGCUCUUUGGAUGACGAGAGAGCUCAAGGCAGAAUUCGUGGGCCAUUACAUGGUGUCCCCAUUAUCCUAAAGGACAACAUUGCCACUGAUCCCAAGCUUGGCAUGGAUACAACAUCGGGCACCUAUGCUCUAGUUGGAUCCAAGGUCAGGGAGUCCGCUCCUCUGGCGAAGCAGCUCCAAGAUGCCGGUGUUCUUAUUCUUGGCAAAGGAAACCUCAGUGAACUAAGCAAUUAUCGUGGCGUUCAAAUGCCUUGCGGCUGGUCUGCUAUAGGAGGACUCACUCAGUCACCGUUUGUCAUCGGUGGUAAGAAAUGGGAUGAUGGAUUUGGCGGGCACAGUAGCGCUGGAGGGUCGUCUUCCGGGCCCUGUGUUGCCGUCGCCGCCGGCCUGGCACCUAUAUCAGUUGGAACUGAUACCAACGGAUCUAUUCUUCUUCCUGCCACUAGGGGAGAUGUUUUCGCGAUGAAGCCCACUCUUGGGCUCAUAUCCCAAAAAGGUAUUGUUCCGAUCUGCCUGGAGUUUGACUCGGCCGGUCCGAUAGCGAGAUGUGCUCAAGACAUCGCUGCCUUGAUGGACGUCAUGGUUGAUAAUAGCUUCGACGACAAGAAGCCUCCUGGGGGCUAUUCUAGUACGGUAACGGGAUCCUUGGAAGGUAUUAGACUCGGUGUUCUAAACCCCAAGAACUGGAAUUUGCCUUCAGCUGUGGCCACGCCGGUACCAAGCAUUCAAAAGCAACAGCACGAUGAGAUCUCCGCUGCGUAUCACAGACUAAGAUCGACUGGAGCUACUGUCAAGGAGGUUGAGAUUGCUUCUCUUGACGGGUUGGAAGUAGGUGGUAUAGGCCUGAUAGGCCAGGUAAUGAACUCUGGGUUUAAACCUGACUUUGAAGGCUACCUCGAGAGUCUCGACUCCAGUCAAGUACGGACAUUAGGCCAGGUUAUGCAGUUUAUGAAGUCCCAUGCCAACUUAGAAUUCCCUCCAGAGUCUCCCAAUAUGGGUCGCCUUGAAAUGGCAGAAAGCUUUGUUCUAUCGCCUGAAGCCAGAGAAGAGGCUAUCAGAAAAAUGAGGGAUUUUGGACGCAAUCAGGCUAUUGAUAAAUGCCUCCAAGAUAAUGAAAUUGAUAUCAUUCUUGGUCCAGCAGAUAGCGAGAUUGACGAUUACUACAGCGCCGCUGGCUAUCCAAUGGCUUGCCUUCCUUUGUCCUAUUGCGACUACAACAUGCGUCCAUUUGGAAUUUGUGCAUUAGCUUCAAAGUAUCAAGAAGGUCUACUCAUACAACUGAUGAGCGCUUGGGAUGGGGCUGUGGAAAGAAAGCGAGUGUUGCCUAGAUGCCUUGAGGGACCAACACCCGCCCCUUGUACUUGA